AAAAAAAAAAAAAUGGAGAAUGAGAAAGAGUUACCACCACUAGUAGUGGAUCAACAAAACACUAAUUACUAUUCAUCAUCUUCUUCAAGUAGUAAUACACAUAAAUCUAUAGAGACAUUACUAGUUGUACUAGCAGUAAUAACACUACUUGGUGUUAUUGCUAGUAUUAUUGCUAGGCUUUGUGGUGGUAGACAUUUUAGUGGUAAUGGUGAAGAUGAUAUUGAAGGAUGGGUUGAAAGAAAAUGUAGAAGUUGUAUUGAUGGUGGUAUCCCUAAUACUUCACAACCAUCACCAUCACCACCACCGCCAGCUAAAGAAGAAGUUAAGACGACGACGACAACAACAACAGAAGAAGAAGGAAAGAAGUAA